AGCUAACGAAAAUGAAAAUAGGCAUAUGGUAGGAUCGGUACAACUUCUAGUAGAUCUACGUACUACAGAAUGUCCUGGUAUUCCACAUCGUCUGACCAGGACAACACCUUAUCGUCCGUUCUGUCUCAAAUCAUCCCACCAAGUAUGGCUCUGACAAAGCAGCAUUUCGCUUUUGCCGGAAUCGCAGCCGUUGCUGUCGUCCUACUUCUGGAGCGACUCUUUGCCCAGAAGUUCCUGCGAAAAGACAACUAUCCAUCGACAACGAGAUUCAUCGCUUUAGAGGUCGCGACAUUGAGACCCUUUCGUCUGAUCUCUUUCGCGAUGCACUAUCGGAACCCCUACCAAGACGUGGACGAGAAUCUAAUGCUUGGCGCAAGUCCCUGGCUCUGGGACGUCUUACCAGGAAUAACACCUGGCAGCUACAGCUACGUCCAGAAACUGAUCGAAAACCAAAAUUUGGGUGCAGUCGUCAACAUGCAAGCUGAAUGGAGUGGGACGACGUAUGACGAGGUGAAUCGCAUCGACAUGGACGAGGAUGCGAAUAAAACCAGCGAGGACCACUUCAAGCGUCCUCUAGUAGAUCAUCUGUGGUUACCAGUUUUAGACCAUCACGAACCCACAUUUGAGCAGUUGAAAGAGGGAGUGCUGUUCAUUGCAAAACAGGUGGGCGAUGGUGACGGAGAUUAAGGCUGCCCCUAAUCCAUCUUUAUACAUAGACAUCCCUCAAACAUAUGCACCCCAAUACAAGGGAGAUACUGACGCAUAUGCUUGAGGGAUUUCCACAGGGAUGAAUAGGUGAGAGGUCUAAGGAGAUGCAACAUCUUCCGAUCGAGAUGUUGUAACCACAGGAGAUCUUCGGCAACGUCGGAGUGCGGGUGCGAGCAAUUCUUCAUCGAUAUCUAAUCGGAAAAGCAAGCGAGUCUAUGUGCACUGCAAAGCAGGCAAGGGGCGUUCAGGUGCAGUUGUGCUCUCCUAUCUUGCCUACAAAGACCGCAGAUUACUUAGGGCAUUGCUGAAGGGAGACAUGGAUCAAGAUCGCCAAGUUAUUCCUGGUCUGAAGAACUACAAAAUACAAACUGGAGAUCCAGUAGAAAAGUGGCUGCUUCGCAGGAAUCUACAACUGAAUGAAAAAAAGACUGUAAGAACCAAGUUGUGGGCGCAAGCUGGGGUAAGGAGGCUAGUCGAAUGGGCAAUACAACAGGAUUGAUGAUGAUUAUGAACGCACUUGAAGACACGACGCUGUUUGUUUACUUUACAUGCGGAUUACUAGCGUCAUGGGCGUCAUGCACAUGAACAUUAGUCAUCUUCUAAAC